AGAAGCCUGAUCUUGUGCUUACUCUCCAUCGGCACUGCCGUGACUUGAACACUGUUCCUUCAUCAUUUUGCCUUCCCGAUUCCUACGUUCCUUGCAUCCCAUAGCAAUCGCACAAACUUCUAUAUCACGAUCGCCAGAACCAUGUCACGAAGAAACAGUGCCAUGUAUACCCCUCACCCGCUGACCGCGCAAUUUGAUAGCGCAAAGUUCAUGGUUGGUGGGGGGGUAGCUAUCUUCCAUCUCGCAACCGGGCGUGUGGUACUAUGCAGCUACGAGCAACACGGGCGUAAAGCAUAUUUCUUGCCCAAAGGGCGACGAGAUGCAGGCGAAGAAAGUGGCAUAGGCGCAGAGCGAGAGGGGUAUGAAGAGUCAGGGUAUCGAAACCGGCUUCUCCCUCUACCAACACGGCAUUGCCAACCGCAAGCUCAUCCACGUGUCCACGCUGCGACGCAUACCGCCGAGCCCGUUCUGUUGCAGUUGAUGCCGUUGCGAGAGUAUCAGUAUGUGGUUUAUUGGUACAUUUCGGAGACGCUACCGCCGUCGCUCGAGGGGGACCUCGAAUCAGAACCAGGAUCGCCGUAUAAAUCCCCACCGCGUUAUCCGCAGAAUCUCUCGUUGAGGGAGAGAAUUGCGAUGGAGCCACAGGGGUACGAGCCUAGACAUCACGAGGGCACGGGUGUGGAUAAUAUGGAGAGGCAGUUCAAGAGCGAGUUGUGCAGUGUAGAAGAUGCGAUAAGGAAGUUGGGCCAGGGCCACAUGAUGGGUGAGGCUAUGGCCGAUGUAGUUAGGAAAGGGUGGGAAGGAAUCCAAAAGAGGUUUGAGAUGGAAGAUGCAGCCACGCAGCAAAGUCCUGAAGCAGUUUGAACCUUCCGAGUUUGUUAAUUUGGAGAUUGCGCAUAGCAGGGUAUUCAGCACCAUAUCGCAACUUUCACAUGCCAC